CGACCGGCCCGCUUCAUUCAGUCUUUGGCGAGAUUUUAUCGUGUGCGGACGUAUCUGCGGUCGAGCUGCGGAACUUGAAAAUCCGAAUCCGAGUGGCAAAGAUACCGAACUCCGAACUGAAAACCCCGCUCGUAGUUGACGCGAAUUUUUAGAUGCACCUUCUCAGCGUUUGGCGCCACAAGCAAAAGACUUUGAAACUCUGAUUCGAUUGCUUUUACUCGAAAUCGUCGCUUGCCACAUGCUAAAAGUGUCAGUCGGCAAGCACAAGUUCAUCAACAUGAGUCCAAGCUGGAUGGGAACGGCGGCCUGGCUGCUGGGGCUCUACUGCCUCCUGUGCGUCGUCGCGAUGGCCCAGGGUGUCAGCAAAUCGGUAGCUCUGGCUGCGCCCACUGCAUCCGCUGCCAAGGAUGUCGCCCAUAUGCACAGGCCCAAGCGGCUGGACAGGCGAUCAGGAGCGGGCUCGAGUCCUCUGACGGCCAUCAAGCAGCCCAAGCAGCUGGCCAGAAGCGCGCAUGGACUCAACAAGAAGCUGCUCAGCCAGAUGGGCUUCAUGAAGGUGAAGGCGCCCAACAGCCACAACAGGAAGCGACUGGCGGUUGAGUCACGACGCCACUCCUCGCGCGAUGAUUCACACAUGUUCAUCAUCAAAUUGCCGCCAAAUAUGCACUACUAUGCUGGACCCGGUGCGAAGAAUUCCGUCGCGGAGCAGCAGGACAAGUCUGGCCACAAAGGUAACGCACCCAGCACGAUGACAUCCAGCACACCAGCCGCAGCAGCAGCAGCAGCCGCAUCAGCAGUCGCAGCAGCAGCAGUUGCAACAUCGCCAGUUGCCGAGGCGUCGGCGUUGAAAGCUAACGGGAAAAAGGUCUCGUUUCCCUUCAGCUCGAAUGGCCGGCCGGGCCGCAUCUACCACUGGAACCUGCCCGUCCUGAAGGAGGCGCUGGCCAAGAAGCCCCACUUCGCCCACGUCUCGGCGGCGGAUCGCAAUAGGCUGCUGGACAUCCAGGGUGUGCCCACGUGGCGCCAGCCCUGGGAGAACGAGACCGCCGAGAAGGGCUUCAGCGCCGGCGGCGGGAAGGCCAAGUAUCGCAAGUCCCUGAAGCCCAAGUCACCCACAUAUUAUGCACCGGCGCAGGCGGUCAGCAAGCAGAGCUUCCACAAGUACUUCGCGGGCAAUGGCAAGCCCAAGGGAUUCUAUGUCAUCAAGGAGCACCAGAAGAAGCCGCAGUUCUACCAGAACAUCAUCUCGUAAUCCAGCGGCAUACCCUCGGAAUACCCAGGGAAUACCCUCGAAAGACUGCGGUGCCGGGCGUUCUGUUUUCAAUCUUCUAACGAAGGGGAGCUUCUCCCCUCUUCCGUCCAGUUUCCACUUGGAAUACCCAAUCCUGGCGAAUCCCGAUCACAUCUAUAGCAUCCUGACCAAUUGUUUAACAAUUGCGAUGGGUGCGUUCUAUUUUUAUACAACGGCAAUGAAUACAAUAACAGGUGGGCUGGUCCAGGUGGGGUGCCAUCCAUCAUAUCCAUCUAUGCGGUCAGCCAUAUCAGCACAAGGAGCAGGUCAAAGUGACAUGACUUCUUUCGAGAUUUCAAUGUAAAAACAAAGAGUUUAAAGUUGAGAAAGGGGUCUUGAUUUGAGCACAAACUGAGUUGAAACUAAUCGGAUUAUAUAUUUAAUUGAAAUUUAAUAUCUAAAGUUUAAUCAGCUUAGCAUUAAAGUCUGAAAUAUUCGUAUGGCACUUCCACUAAGGACCUUCAUACAUAUCGUUUUGAUCUGAAAACCCAAAAUCCGUACCCCAUGAGGACACCCCAUCCCAAGGACCAGUCCAAACUGCAUUUAGCUAAGCAACUGCGGCAAGCAAUAAAUUAUGGCAUAAUCAAGCUAGGUUUAAGUGCAUGAACGACUUUGUUUUGAUAAAUAAAAAUAUUGACUGAUUUUUAA